CUUAACCUAUAUUGAUAUUUUAAUUUUUCGACAAUGAGUACACCAAUAUUAUCAAAACAACAACAAAGAAAUGCAUUGUCAGCGAAAAAAGCAUCAGCCAAAGGAUUACGAAAUAUCUUAGCACAACCACAAGACAAUUUUUGGCCACUUGUAGAUGCAGAAAAAUGCCCAUUAUUGGAAGAUCUUUUAAAGAAAUUAAUGCCAGCUAUAAAACGUCCAUCUCAUUCUAUUCCAUCGUCACAGCUCAAGCACAUGAAAAAGCGUGUACAAGCUAAAAAAGAGGCUCUUUCAAAAGAAGGAGAUCUUCCCAAUGCAGAACUAUCGAACUCAGUGAUCUUGGGUAUAAAUGCUGUCACAAGAUCUUUAGAGAAGGAGAAUAUUUGUUGUAUUUUAAUGGAUGCAAACAUUUCACCACCACUUCUAAUAAAGCAUGUUAUUCAUAUGGCACAAAAUAAGAAAAUGCCAAUAUUGUUGUUACCCAAAUUAAAAAUUAUAACAUUAAACACCAUUGGAUUUGCAUCUGCUGCAUGUGCUUUAACGAAUAUCGCGAUGAAUUCUUUAGAUCAUCAUUUCCAUUCUUUAUAUACAAUGAUAUAUGAUAUUUUUAAGGAUAUACCAUUGCCACAAAAUAAGCUCCAAUUAUUUAAAGAUAUCGAAACACUAGACCAAAGUAUAUUAGAUGAACAAAAUAAAAUAAGCGUUGACAAUGAGUCUGAGAUUGAUUCUUCAGAGCCAAUUGAGUUUGCAAUAUCCACGAAUGUAUAUAUGUAUAGAACUUCGUGUAAGGAAAGGAUAUUUGUUCCACCUAGUACAACUGAAAGUUGUACAAAUGAGCCUGUUAAAAAAGACACGAAAGAGGAUGAUUUUAUUUCCAUAACUAACUAUGACUCUGAUGAGUUUGAUAAAACUAUUAAGAAAAAUUCAAGGUACAUUAAUAUUCGUAGGAAUAAAAAUUCCGCACAUCGAAAAAAUUAUUCAAAAAUUAAUAAUACAUCAGGAAAUGUUACCUAUAUACCAUUGAAAGUAAAACGCGUACAGGGUAACGUAAAUCGCAUAAAAGCUACGAAAAUUUCAAAGCAAAAAAAAUAA